GCGAAGGAGCAGCAGCAGAAGAAACAGCAGAUGAGGUUUAGAGGACGGAACGUGUCCCGGGAGGCCUGCGGAUAACACCGGGAACACAAGCGCCACGUAUUCUCACAAUAAAACUCUCGCAUGUUGAGGAUCCGCAGCAGAGCAGUAACUUCACUGCCGCGGAAUAUUCGCUGUCGCUCGAAAGCCGCUCGAGCUUAAAGCGUGACUCCAUGAAAGAUGUCAGAGGAGGUGAUUGUGAUUGCAAAGUGGGACUACUCGGCACAGCAGGAGCAGGAACUUGACAUCCGGAAGAACGAGCGCCUCUGGCUGCUAGACGACUCGAAAACGUGGUGGCGCGUCCGCAACGUUGCCAACCGCACAGGCUACGUGCCAUCUAACUAUGUGGAGAGAAAAAACAGCCUGAAGAAGGGCUCGCUGGUGAAGAACCUCAAGGACACUCUGGGUCUGGGUAGGACUAAGCGGAAGCCAAGCACGGAGGCCGAGUGUCCAGCGAACGGCGUUGGUGCAGGAGCGGAGCACAUCUACGAGCAGCACACAGCGGCAGUGGCCAAGUUUGCGUAUGCCGCAGAACGUGAGGAUGAACUGAGCCUGGCAAAGGGCGCUCGCCUUCUGGUGUUGGAGAAAUGCAGCGACGGCUGGUGGCGCGGCCGCUGCAGUGACGGCCGAGCCGGCUGGUUCCCCUCCAACUAUGUCCAGGAGGAGGAGGAAGAUGAGGAGGAGGAGGAGGAAGAUGCGGGUACAGGUGACAAGCAUUGCUCACGAUCGUUGCACAAGGUGCAGACGCUUUACCCCUUCAGCUCAGCUACGGAGGAAGAGCUGAAUUUUGAAAAAGGAGAAAUCAUGGAUGUGUUGGAGAAGCCAGAGAAUGACCCCGAGUGGUGGAGGUGUAAAAACAGUCAAGGCCAAGUGGGCCUCGUGCCCAAAAACUAUGUGACGGUACUGAAAGAUGGGCUGGCACAGGAAGGAGGGGCCAGCAGUUUCACGGCCCAUUCUUUGCAGCAUCCAGGCCCCGCACGCUCAGGCAGAUUCGCAGGGAAGAAGUGGUACUACGGUAGCGUGACGCGGCACCAGGCUGAAUGCACACUAAACGAGAAGGGAGCCGAGGGAGACUUCUUAGUGCGUGACAGCGAGUCCUCUCCAAACGAUUACUCCAUCUCCUUGAAGGCAUCAGGCAAGAACAAGCACUUCAAGGUACAGUGCAGCGAGGGCAUGUACUGCAUCGGCCAGCGGCGUUUCAACACUUUGGACGAGCUCGUGGAGCACUACAAGAAAGCCCCCAUUUUUACCAGUGAGCACGGAGACAAGCUCUACCUUGUCAAACCCCUGCAGUGACCUUCCAGCCAAAAAUGAGCCUUGACAACCUAAAUAGACCUCACUCUGAGCCAAGCAUCCUUACUGGUCUACUUGGUGGUCAGUUCUCGCCAGCAAGUGGGCAACAGCGUGCCAACACAAGCAGACGGGCAGUGAUGUCGUCCCUUAUUUUUGAAUCGUUGUCAUUUCCUGUUUACUUCUUCUUCAUAUAUCCUGUUCUUGACAUGCCAAUACCUGGUAAGAAAUCUGCUGAGAGAUAAUAAGUGAUACACACUUUUGUUACUGAAGUUUCAGUUAAGAUUUUACACAGCUUAUACUUAAGUUCACAAGAAGUAGCCAUUUAAUUUAAUUGUUUUUUUUAUAAUACAAUUUGUCGAUACAAUAGGGAAUAUUUUUAGACUUUACAUGGCAGUGUGUGUCAAAGGAGUUACAGGACUAUUUAUCUACACGUUGCCAAAAAAAAGCCAAUUUGUGACAUACAGGUACUGACUGCCCCCUGCUGGAUGGACACACACACACACACACACACACAGAGAUGCAUGGAUUCACACAAGGGAGGACUGUUUGAGAUGUGAUGAAUGUCAAACACUCAGCCAAAUGUGCCACGCACUCGUUAAGUUUAAUAAUCUACAUUAUUCCAACCCAGAACUAACCACAAGUCCGAGUUAUACUAUAUCCUUAUGGGUAUCUCGUAUAAGUACAAGAGAGCUUAUUCUGUACAGCCUGUUUAAUUUCCCAGCUUUUUAAAAGUAUUUGUCUGAAUGUAAGAGCAUUUUUAUUUAAAUCUGUGUCUAUUUAAACUUCGGUGCAUAUAGGAGGAAUUUACUAAGCACUGUACCAAUGUCCAAUAUGUUGGAAAUACAUUUGUUUAAUUAAACAUUUUGCAAAAUAAUGUUAAAAA